GUCGCUGCCAUAACUUAUACCUCCUUCCGCUGAUUGUUAGACAAAAUGAGGCCUAUCCUUCUUCAAGGCCAUGAGCGUUCGCUCACUCAGAUCAAGUUCAAUAGGGAGGGGGAUCUCCUGUUCUCCUGCUCCAAAGAUUCUGUCAUCAACGUCUGGUACACGCAUAAUGGAGAGCGGUUAGGAACGUACGAUGGGCACAACGGAGCUGUCUGGACGAUUGAUGUCGAUUCCCAGUCACGCUUCCUCAUCAGUGGUUCCGCCGACAACACGAUGAAGCUCUGGUCCGUUCAGUCGGGCAAGUGCUUGUAUUCCUGGGAGUUUCCCACUGCCGUCAAGCGGGUAGCGUUCAGCGAAGAUGACGACCAAGUUGUUUGCAUCACGGAGCAGCGGAUGGGCCACCAAGGCGCUGUGCGGAUAUUCAACAUCAACCGAGACGGUGAUGGUACAACACAGGACGAGGAACCAGUGUCGAUGUUCAACCCCAUUGGAUCUAAAGCCGUUGUCUGUACUUUUGCGCACCGACCUGAUAUCAUCAUUACCGGACACGAAUCAGGCAAGGUCGCGCUCUUCGACGCGAAGACGGGCGACGAGAUCAAAACCAACGAGCACGCACACCGCGACACCGUGACCGAUCUGCAACUCAGCCCAGACCGUUCGUAUUUCAUCACGAGCAGCAAGGACAAGACAGCUCGGCUACACGAGACCCGUACGCUUACUGUUUUGAAGACGUACGUGACGGAGACGCCUUUGAAUAGCGCUGCCCUCGCACCGCUCAAGCCGUACGUUCUCCUUGGCGGUGGCCAGGACGCCAUGAGCGUCACGACAACAUCGCUGCGUCAGGGAAAAUUCGAGACCAGGUUCUGGCACAAGGUUCUCGAGGAGGAGGUUGGACGUGUAAAGGGUCACUUCGGUCCUGUGAAUACCAUCGCUGUUUCACCGAAGGGCGAUUGUUACGCGUCUGGCGGAGAGGACGGCUUUGUGCGGGUACAUCACUUUGAGGAGAGCUACUUCCGCGCGAAGCCUUACGGCGAUCUCGAAAUUGAGGAUUAGAGCGUGUACAAUAGAGUUGUGACGUGCUCGACAUGCUGUGGUCUGUCUGUCGUACGGGGCAUCGUCGGGAUCGUGGAGAUGCUGUCUGCGCUGUCUUGUUGUGUAAUGUCGUCAAUGUAGCCAUACCGUAUGACGCGUGUGACACACGUUCUUUCAUUUGGCAAGGAUCUACGUUCG